GCACUGUUGCUAGCAACGCAGCAAAGAAGGGAGAACAUUUGAUCCUCUUCUCCCUCUCUUUCCUCGUUGCUGACCAUCACUGACAGAACGGGCGAGUCGACAUAGUGACGGCUAAUACGAUAGGUGUUAAGUAAGGAGAAUUCUUAGUCACACGCAUUAUUAAUCACAAAUGUGCUUGUCUGUUAAUCCGCUACGCAUAACACACUUGCCUUAUGGACAGCAAUGCGACACAGCCGGAAGUUUCAUCAAAGUGUAUAGAUCAGAGGAUCCAGAAUUCCUUUCUUUAAAGAUAAUAUGAAAUUGAUUUAAUCUUUUUCACAUAGUUUCUCGAUGCGCGAUGCUUGAACAAUGGAAGUGCGUUUUCUAUGUAUUAAAUAUUGUACGAUAGUGUGAUCAAGAGGAGAAAAAAAACUUGCCUAAGUAGGAAGCGGACGUCCGGACGUACUUUUGUUAUCACAAUCAAAGAGAUCAAUGCAAGAUUUUACUGAUUUUACGGACAAAUGACUGAAUCUAUUAUAAGGUGAUACACGGAUAAAUGAAAAUGUCAGAGUGAUGAGAACAUUUGCGCAAAAUAACGGUGGAACUCUUAAUUGGCACUUAAAUAAAUUGUGACGGUGAGAUCACGAUCAAUGUCGUUAUAUGAGAGCUCUCUAUCUACGUAGUCGCAAAAUAGCAAAAUGGAUCUCGAUGAGAAUUCCCUGCAGGAAAGCUUGCUGAGUGUCUACGAGCCUACUCUAGACAGUGCGCAAGUUUUUUAUAAGCUACUGUUGGAUGCCUUACGAUUCAAGAAUUUUCGUUCUUUCAAAAAUACUAUAGAACAUGAUUUGAUGAAGCAAUCACCUAUUCUGAACCUCAAUUAUGUAUAUCCGAACACGGAAGAAACAUGCCUCGACAUAGCUAGCAAGAAUGGUUUAACAGAGUUCGUGGAGUAUUUAUUGCGUUUAGGUGCGAAGCCUAAUAGAGUAAAUAAACUACAUAAUCGCGCUCCUAUCCAUUUCGCCACAGAAGGAGGACACGUACCCACGUUGAUGGCUUUGCUAGCGGAACCAACAAUAAAUCCAAAUCUUGAGGCGAAACAACAGACUGCCUUGCAUAUCGCAGUGAGAAAGAAUGAUCUGACGUGCGCCGGAUUGUUGCUGGAGAACGGUGCUAGCGCAAGUAUUCCCAAUAGCAAGGGUUUAACGGCUCUCCAUUUGGCAGCGAUGAAAGGCCAACGGGACACGGUGGCACUGAUAUUGGAGAAAAGCCGACAGUGUCCAGACAUUGACACUUACAAAGAUUACAAUGAUCAGACAACGCGAGAGGUGAUUCAGAAAAAGAUGCCGGAUAUAUCAUUGCCGCCCAAAAACGAAAAUCGUAAGAUAAAUGUGCACGAUCUUAAAUAUUACCUGAUUACUAACGACGAGACAAACUUCCUAAAAAAUAUGGAGUUUGUCAAGAUAGAGAUUCUUCACAGUGUAGCCGAAGAGCUGCUGGAAAUGAGUGCACAAAGAGGCUUUUACAAAAUUACGAUUGAAAUCCUGGAAAAACUUAAAGGAAAACAGUUUAGCGUGAAAAAAGCUGCGCAAGAGGCUGUUCAACAGAAUGAUUAUGCAAUUCUUCAGGUAUUGCUGGAGAUGGAGCCAAAUGUAGCAAAUGAUCUGCUUCUGAAUGCUUGUCAGGAACUAGGAAUGCCGAGAAAACGAGGAAUCGACAAUACGCUCGAUCGACUGAAUUGUUUGAAAUUAAUCUUGGAACAAGAAGACGUGAACGUUCGUUGCAGUGAUAAUAAAGGCAACACUCCACUACAUUACGCAGCCAGAGCUGGCUGCCAAGAAGCAGUAAUUUUACUUCUCAACCGAGGUAGCUACAUCGGUCACAUGAACGAGUACAAUACACCGCCUAUCGCAGAUAUCUCGGCACACACGCUGUCGCGCUACUUUGAUGACUGUUUGCAGACGCGGAAAGAUCGAACGAACGAGUAUACGAUGGAAUUUAACUAUUGCUGCUUAAUGCCGCACGACGUUCUCACGGAUCGAUAUAAAACUCACCGAGCAACUCGUGAAAUGGAAGUGUUUAAAUACAUCGCCAGCAAUAGCGGCCUCAAACAUCUACUGAAACAUCCACUGCUUUCCUCUUUCCUCUAUCUUAAGUGGCACAGAAUACGGCACGUUUUGUACGCAAAUUUCGCCUUUUAUGUGAUCUUUUAUUUUUUGUUAAACGCUUACAUCUUGAGCAUGACUUAUGACGCUAGGAUAGAAAAUGGGAUGCAAACUGAAACCAACAAUAGAUCCGAUAUGGCUUCGGGAAGUACUUUGCGAAUUAUUUGGAACCAACAUAACAACUUCCUAUGGGCCUCCACCACUGUAAUGUUGCUGUUGUUCAUCCUCCGAGAAAUUUUUCAACUUAUCUCUUGUGUCAGGCGUUAUCUAAUGAGCUCAAGGAACUGGUUAGAAAUCGUACUGAUUAUGCUCACUAUCGCUUUGCUGUGUGGCGCGGGAGUUCAAAUCGGUGCUGUGGUAAUCUUGCUGUCGGCCUGGGAGUUGGUGAUCCUCAUCAGCCAGCAUCCACGCUUGUCCACCGGCAUCGAAAUGUUCCGGACCGUUUCACUCAAUUUUAUACGCUUUCUGUUUCCCUACCUGUUUCUUAUUUUCGCAUUUGCUCUGGCCUUCUAUACACUCUUCAAAAACGGCAACGAUACGAAUUUCCCUGAUCCUGGUCUUUCACUUUUCAAAACUGUUAUCAUGCUCACUGGGGAGUUCGAUGCCAAUGACAUUCCGUUUAUUUCGCAUCCCGUUUGGAGUCACAUCGUGUUCAUGUUAUUUGUUUUCUUUAUCGCUAUCGUAUUAUUUAAUCUGCUUAAUGGUUUGGCAGUCAGUGACACUGCUGAGAUUCUGUGUAAGGCCGAGUUGGUCGGACUUAUUUCUCGAAUACGUUUAGUUACCUACAUUGAAGAUGUAGCGAUUGGCGAACCUUUCAAGCACUGCGUUCACUGCAAUUUGCGACUGCCUUGGAAUCCUUUUGGUUUUCUUGCUAAGAGAAUUCUUUUGUUUCCUCAUUUCCUAAGAGAUGGUAAAAUCAUUAUCAAUCCACAUGAUAAUCUGGACGUUUACGAUAAUGAUAGAUAUUACGGAAAGUACGUUCACAGUGCAUCUGUAAAGAGCAACAAGCAGUGGACUACCUUGAGAAUGGACCCUGACAUAAUUAAAAAAGCUAAACGUACUAUUUGCAAUAAGAAUCGAUUGACGGAUAAUGAGAGGAUCAUGAUUACAUUGAACAAACUACAGCAGAAAUUGAGUACAAUAGAGACAACUCUGAAAAUUACAAAGUUUGUAGAAUAACA